AUGCGCUCGAUCAAUCGUUUUUCAUGGUUUCAUAGUUCUCUGACGAUAAACAUUUCUCAACACAUUGAUAUUAGGAUAGGUGGAACUGUCUCUUUGAUUGCAUUCUUAGCUUACACAUCACAAAUCUUCAUCAUCAUACCACUUUUUCCAAGCGUUUGGGAUCAUGAGUGUCUCAGACUUCUGGUUCCUUUCAAUCUCCUCGUCUUGAUGAUUUUUGUCAACUACGCGCUCUGCGUCACAACUGAUCCGGGACGUGUUCCAAAAGACUGGGACCCCGACCAGGCCAUCGAUCGACAACGAGAAGAUAUCGAUAAACAGUCAUUGAUUGCGAAUCUACGCUUCUGUAAGGCAUGUCGAGUCUAUAAACCUCCGAGAACACAUCAUUGUAGACAAUGUCAUAGAUGCGUCCUCAAGAUGGAUCACCACUGCCCCUGGGUCAAUAAUUGUGUCGGAUAUUUCAAUCACGGUCACUUUGUUCGAUUCCUCGCUUUUGUCAAUCUUGGAUGCUCAUAUCAUAUAUGGCUCAUCAGCAAGCGAGCGUUUGGUCGAUACUCUUAUUACGGUCCACCACCUACAACGACUGAAAUGCUAUUCUUGAUCACGAAUUAUGUGGCGUGUAUGCCGGUAGUGUUGGCAGUGGGAGUGAUGAGUCUGUAUCACCUUUGGUCUUUGCUCAAUAAUACUACUUCGAUUGAAGGUUGGGAAAAGGAAAAUGCACAAAAGUUACGACGGAAGGGUAGAAUCAAUCAGUUCACAUUUCCAUUUUCUCUAGGUGUGUUUCGUAAUAUACAAGCUGUACUAGGAAAAAAUCCAUUACUUUGGUUUUGGCCUCAGCGUAUGCGUGGAGAUGGGCUCUCUUUCCCUGUGCAGUCAGGACUCGGUUAG